UACAUUCCGGGCACGGAUUUCCACAAAGAACGGGAGUGGAUGACAGAACAACAGACACAGAAAAGAGGUAACGAAAUAUAGUGGACUGGACUAGAAAAAGUUGAUGAACAGAAUAUCACUGGCUGUUACAGUGUUGCAACACUACAAGAGAGACGCACACAUUAUGUUAUCUCAAGGUUUAGAGUGGUGAGUCAGCCCACUGCGGAGCGGAGCCCCUCUCCUCACAUACAGAGCUGCCAGACAAGGUGUUCUCCAGGAGUGUUGUCCCCCCCACCACUCUAUCCAGCCCCUCAAGGCUGAGAGGAUCAAAUAACUACACAACAGGACCGACAGGAUCCACACUCCUCUGGACAGGAUAUCCGAAUAGUUGAUAGUAAAUGAGGAGGGGAGGUGAUGAUGUCUGAGGACAGCUGUGGCCGAAAAUGCUGCAGGGUAAUGUAUAGCUGCAACUGGAGGCAGCCCAGUGAGAGGAAACGAAAAUGUUCCUGCUGCUGGUUGUCGGUCCUUACCGCUGUGUCCCUGCUCACUCUCUUCUGGAUGUACGUCUGUCUGAUGGCUUUCAAUGACCGUGAGGAUGUCAACUGGAAGGCCUUUUCCAUUCUUAAACUGUGGGUGAACUGGUUCAUGGUGCUGAUCAUUAUCGCUGCCGUACUGACCGUCUACUGCAUCCUGCUACUGGUAUUUGCACUGGUCCAACUUGCCUUGAAAGAGCCUUUGGACUUACACUGUCUACACAAGUUGUUCCUGUUUUUAGGUGUGGUCUUCAUCGCCCUGGGCACCACUGGAAUAAGCCUACAGUGGAAAAAAGAGUGGCACACUGUUCUCUUGUCAUUACAGGCCACGGCUCCAUUCCUACAGAUGGGAGGGGUUGGAGCCCUGACCUUGGUAAGCUGCCUGGUGUUCCAGUGUUUCCAAAGGACCCGCAGAAUAGCCUCUAAGAUCCUCAUCAUGGUAGUGUUUGCUGGCGUGUCGGUGGCAAUCUUCCUCAGCCCCCUCCUCAUCCAAUCCCCUUGUCUGGUGGAGGAGAAACAGCUGCCCCCUAAACCUGCCCUCAUUGGUCAUCGCGGAGCACCAAUGCUAACCCCAGAGAACACCCUGAUGUCGUUCAGGAGGAGUGUGGGGUGCCACGUGAUCGCCUUUGAGACGGACGUGCAGCUCAGUAAGGACAGAGUUCCUUACCUGAUGCAUGACCACGGAAGCCAUUUCCUGAGGAGGACUACAGAUGUUCUACAUAAGUUCCCUGGGAAAGACUUCAACCACAGCACAAACCUCACCUGGGAGGAGCUACAGGAAUUAAACGCUGGUGAUUGGUUCCUGAAGACAGAUCCGUUCUGCUCAGUCUCCCAGCUCUCAGAGCAGGAGAAGAAGACAGCUGGGAACCAGAGUGUUCCCUCCCUUCUACAGUUGCUGGACCUAGCCAAGACUCAUAACACCUCUGUCAUCUUUGACCUAAAAAAUAACGACAACAAUGACACUAUCGACACCGUGAACACCAUCCUCAAAUCUGGCAUCCCCCAAGACCUGAUCCUCUGGCUUCCCCCCAAACACAGGGUGGAUGUGAGGGAGGUCGCACCAGGGUUCAUACAGGUCUACAACGAUGUGUCUGAUAUGGACCUUGACAGAGGAGACCAUCUGAAUGUCAAAUACAGUGCUUUGAGUGCCACAGAGAUUUGGGAGCUUAGGAGCAGGAAUGUGUCAGUGAACCUGUGGGUGGUGAAUGAACCAUGGCUCUUCUCUCUGCUGUGGUGCUCGGGGGCCAACUCUGUGACCACCAACGCCUGCUCCCUCCUACAGGACAUGACCCAGCCUGACUGGACAAUGAGACCUGAUAGAUACAGAAUGAUAUGGAUCACAGUGGACCUGGGGUCAUUGCUCAUAAUGGUCACACUGUUCAUUUUACAGAGGGAAAGAGAAGCAAAGAAAGGAUUUUCCGGCUGGAAUCAGAGAGAAUUGUCCCUCUUCUUACCCUCUGAAUAGUUUGAUUGAAGCCGGAAACAGAACAGCCUGGAUCCAGAUACAUCCAGAUACAGUAUUUAAAAAAAAAAUGGUGGAUCACAGAGUACAUUUCACUUGCCUGACGACUCAAACUUGGGUGGCAGGUAGCCUAGUGGUUAGAGCGUUGGGCCAGUAAUCGAAAGGUUGCUAGACCCAAUCCCCGAGCUGACAAGGGAAAAAUCUGUCAUUCUGCCUCUGAACAAGGCAGUUAACCCACUGUUCCUAGGCUGUCAUUGUAAAUAAGAUUUUGUUCUUAACUGACUUGCCUAGUUAAAUAAAUAAAUAAACUGAAUUAUUCCGCUGCUCUGUUGUUCUCUACAUACUUUCGUCUGACUGCCAUUAUUGAACUCGUUUGAGGUGAUGUCAUAAUAAGA